AUGUCUUCUCACGGUAUCCCUGAGGUGCUAAUGAAGAAAGUUGACGAAUACGUCGACUCACUUACCCCGCAAAUUCAACCCCGCAUUGCCACAGAGCUGGAUGUUUUCCAACAGAAGACCAUCGAUGCGUUGGAAACACAAGUUAUCGACGCGUUUCGCUCCCUUUUCGAUCGCGACGGGCCAACUCCUCCGGGAGCGUCUAGGGGCCUAGAUGAUGCAAUUCCGAAUGCUUACGGUGGCCAAUCUCUACCUUUCGCCAACGAGAUUGCCAGUCUUACAGGCAGCUUCAGCAAUAUUGCCGAUGGGACGAGUGAUGACUUACGCGACAUUUUCAGUCUAACUGAAGGACGCACUGGAUCUGGCGACACCCGAUCCAUUGGAGAGGACCAUUCCGACUCAUCUCAGCGAGUUCGGGGCUUCCUCUCCGCCGCUGUCAACGUUGUUCAAGACCAUUUAGAUAACAAUAACCAAGGGUCGGGCGGCCAGAGAUUCGAGCUUGACGGCCUUCUUGGAGUUCUCAGCAGUAACAUCAAAGAUGUUGCACGCAGUCCAGAAGACACAGCGCGCCGUAUUAGCCCUGAGAUUAAAGAAAAAGUCGCUGCGAAGCUACGUGAGCAACAUGCACCAAUCGCCGAGCAGUUUACCCGCAUUGCCCUAGAUCACAUCAAACGCUGGCUACGCGGCAACACGAGCACACGUGAUAUCGGCGAUGGUGCUAAGGGCGAGAUCGAGGAUCACGUCAAGGAUUUGGUUAAAGGUAUCGGAGGCCUGUUCGGACACAAGAAGGAUCGCAGCGAAGGGUCCUCGAGGGGCCUCGGCGACCACGAUCGCGAUGCCGGCGAAGGUGAAGGUGGUAGUAGCGGCGGCGUCGGCUUCUCCAAAGUCAUUAGUGAAAAGCUAAGCACGGGCUUAGCCAGAGUACACAGGGAUGUGAGGCUGGAAUUCCGCACGAUACUCGGUGGCAUUGAAAAGCAACUAUUUGAGUUGCUCCCCGACGAAUUUCAGGGCCCUCUUGAGAAGAUUCUUGGUGGCAAUCCCUUUGACUCUCAACUCGAGCGCGACGCUGCACCUAAUGCAGACCGCGGCUUUGGAGAUGAUAUUAAGACCAAGUUGGUCACUAAACUCCGCGGUCUCGUGCAAAAGGUUCAGGAAAUGUUGCGCAAGAGCAUUUUGGAUGUCGUGAACGGAGGCCAUCGCAAGUUCGAACGCGAGAGCUGGGUUUUCGUGCAGACCACAGUCGAACAGAAGGUGCAAAAGUACUUGCCCAAGGUGAGGAUCACUGUACCAGACGAUAUCGGAAACGAGGGCGUGAACAUAGGAGCUCCGAAGCCUAGCACGCAGCCCGGAAGUAGCAAUCAACCGGCGUCUUCUCCGCAAUACGAACAACAGCAAAAUCAUCGACCGGAUUAUCAUCAGUACCAGAACCAACCUCAUCAAGAGUAUCGACCUGACCAGUACCAACCGCCCCAGCAGACUUAUCCUCCGCCGAACCAGUACCAACCACAGAGCUACCAACAGGGCCAGGAUUAUGGAAAUAAUCAAUGGCAUGGCCAGAAUCCAUCUUACUAA